GUACCCGAGACCCCCCGCACUCCGCCCUGGGUCCCUGGCCCCCUUUCCCAGGCUCAGGUCCCUGUGUGCUCCUGGCUCCUCCAUCUUCCUAGUGCUGCGACCCUUUAAUUCAGUUCCUCAUGUUGCGGUGACCCCCCUCAGCCAUAAAACCAUUUUCGUUGUUACUUCAUAAACAACCGUAACUUUGCUACAGUUAUGGAUCGUAUUGUAAAUAUGUUUCCUCCGAUGGUCUUCGGUGAUGGACGACACCCCCAACGGCGUCGCGACCCACAGUAACCAGACCACAACAGUGAGUGUGGAGCUGCAAAGACAGGUCCAGGUGCUCCAGCAGGCAGAGCCCUCGACCGUACCCCGAGCCGGCCGGGGCUCAGAGGUGCCGACAGGCGGCCCCGGCACGGAGUCCGAGGCAGGCCGCAGGACCCAGGCUGUGUGUGUUUGAGGAGCGCCGCCCCUAUGUCCAGGAUGCGUUUGGGUCUGUCGGCCAGGAGCGCCCGCUCCGAAGAAGUUAGCGAGGUCUUCCUGGAGGGACCCGCGGAUUGGGAGCUCAGCCGCCUGCGACGAAGAUGCAAGGUGAUGGAGGGGGAGCGGCGGGCGUACAUCAAGAAGGUUCAUCAAAGCAUCAAAAAGCAACUCGAGGAGAUUCAGCAGCUGGAGAUGUUCCGAGCCAAGCUCCAGAUGCAAAUCAGCGUGGCGCAGACGCAGGUCAAGCGACUGGGAGACAGCAAACGUUUGGAGGACAUGGGUCAUCUGCUCAAGUGCAGGGCCCAGGUACAGGGCGAGAUCGAGGCGCUGCAAGAUCAGACCCGGGCCUUGGACAAGCAGAUCCAGGAGUGGGAGACCAAUAUCCUCACCAAGAGUAAGACGCCCCCAGCUCCUGGUGUCAUCUUGGAUCAGAAGGUGAAGGUCCAGAGAAGGAUCACAAUCCUAGAAGACCAACUGGACAGGGUCACCUGUCACUUCGACAUCCAGCUGGUGAAGAACGCAGCCCUGCGGGAGGAGCUGGACCUGCUGCGCAUCGAGAGGGGCCGUUUCCUGAACAUGCACCACAAACUGAAGAAGGACAUCCACCUGCUUCGGGAGAUGGUUGGCGCUCUCAGCACGUCCUCUACUUCUGCUUACACAGCCAGGGAAGAGGCCAAAACCAAGAUGGGCAUGCUGCGGGAGCGUGCGGAGAAGGAGCUGGCUCAGAGUGAGACAGAGGCGCAGAUCUUGCUGCGACAGAUAUCCCAUCUGGAGCAGCUGCACCGAUUCCUCAAGCUCAAGAACCAUGAAAGAGAGCCCGAUCCUGACGUGGUGCAGAAGCAGGAGCAGCGAGCCCGCGAGGUGGCCGAAGGACUCCGAAAGACAUCCCAGGAGAAGCUAGUGCUGCGCUACGAGGACGCUCUAAGCAAACUGGCCCAACUGACCGGCGAGAGCGACCCUGACCUGUUGGUGGAGAAAUACUUGGAGUUGGAGGAACGCAACUUCGCUGAGUUUAACUUCAUCAAUGAGCAGAACUCUGAGCUGCACCACCUUCAGGAAGAGAUUAAAGAGAUGCAGGAAGCCCUGGUCAGCGAGCAUGCCAGUCAGGAGAGCCAGCAAAUGCAGCAAGAGCAGCAGUACAGGGCGCUGCAGCAGAGUGUGGACAAGGUGUGCUUUGAGUCAGAGCAGCUGGAGUCUCGCUUCCAGGUACUCCGAGCUCAGCUGGAAAAGCUCAAGACUGAUAUCCAGGUUCUCUUCGACAAGGCGAAGUGUGACGGCAGUGGCAUCAAGGAUCUCCUUGGGGUCAAGAGUUACAUCCGGGAUAGGGACAUAAGCCUCUUCCUGAGUACCAUCGAGAAGCGGCUGGUGCAGCUCCUCAUGGUGCAGGCCUUCCUGAAGGUUCAGAACCAAACCUCUUUGGCUGAGGCUGCACUUCUGGCACUGGGCCAGAGACUAGAGGAUCCCUCAAAGAAGACUCCCCCAUUCCAUCCUCCUGAGACCAUGGAGGACUCUUCGAGUGUUGUUGUCAGAGACGACUACCCCAUGAGCAAGGAGGAGCUGCUGAGUCAAGUCAUGAAGUUGGUGGAGCUCCAGGACCUGGAGGAGGCCCAAAGGAAGUUGGACAGCAGUCCCAGCUUGACCUCCAGCACGCAGAUCUCCCUGGCAGGCCCGUCCCUGGGGAUCCCUAAAAGGACCAGCACGGCCCCUGAGUCCAUCCUGAGCCACAAGGGGAAAGCAGGCCGUGGCACUGGCUCCAUCAGCCAUGUCACCUUUGGUGACUCUGCCUCUGUUGCAGUCCCUAUGACCCUGACUUCCACCAAUGCCAGUGGAGCACUGGGGUCCAGCCGGAGCUCUUUGGCGGGCCGUGGGGGCUUCAGACAUACCAGCUCCAGCAGCUACCUGGGGUCCACCGGCUAUAUGGAUACCACCCGAGGCACCGAGACCACUGGAGGUGGCCUGCAGAGCCAAAGCCUGGGGUCGGAAAUGAGUCGAGGCCUCAGUUCCAGCGGCGGCCAGACAUCCAGUGCCCUCCCUGCCUCUAGGCCCAGCUCCUCCCCCGGGAAGGACUUGAGGAGCUACCACUAGGGCUGCAGGCCUCUCCCUGCCUCAGCCCUUGACAGGUUUUCUAAUCUCUGCCUCCCUUCUCCCCAGACUCCUCUCCAAUCCCUCUACCCCGAGGCCUCUGAAGUUUUCCUCCAUCUCUUCCCAUUUUUUCCCAUUGUUACCUUCUCCACCUUGGCCUUGGCUCUCUGUUGUCUCCUUCCUCUUUGCUUCCUGUCUCUACCCCCCUCAUCUCUCUCAAGCUUCCCUUCACCUGAUGUCUCCUAACUGGAUUUCCCUCCAUUGACUAGGUGAACUGUAACAGUAGGAAAUAAAGGUCAGAGCCCAGCCUU